AUGAACAAGUUCAGAAACUCAAGUACACAAGAAUUGGCCAAAAAUGUUGAAUCCCUAGUCAGACAGGCCGAGGAAGAAAAGAAAGCAGGCGAAUUCGAUGAGCCGUACUUAAUGGAGGAGCUGCCAACAGAUCUGUUUAAGAAGUAUUCUGACUAUAAAAGAGAGAAAGAAGCCGCUGAGGCGUUUCAGAGCACUGCGAAGUUCGAGAUCGUGGUUCUCAAGCGUGGCCACCAGGUUUGUGGAGGUUGGGCGACUGUUGGAACUGUUGCUUUGUCGAUGUUAGCGUACCCUCUAUCUAAGUCGCCCUCGCUAUCGCCCUCUCCGUACAGAGAAGCCCAACACCUCAAGCUCCGUGGUGUUGACAACGUCGACGAAGAGUUCAACGAUUUGGUGGAGGCUAGUGAGGGCCGUGAGGCUGCUAAGCUUGUCAAACAUCCAUGGUCGACGCUAUUGACGAGGAAAUACAGGCCCCAGCUUGUAUUCGCCAUCUGCAUUCCUGCUUUCCAGCAACUCACUGGUAUGAAUGUGAUCACUUUCUAUGCUCCUGUCUUGUUCAAAACUAUAAGAUUCGGAAGCAGUGCUUCUCUCGCUUCUGCACUGAUCACUAAUGGGGUUAAUUUUUUUGCAACUUUUGUUUCAAUUGGUCUUGCUGACGAGUUUGGAAGAAGGUUCAUUUUCUUGGAGGAUGGUUUGCAGAUGUUCAUAAUAACUCAGGUCGUAGUUGGAAGUGCAAUGGCUUGGAAAUUUGGUACUGGUGGCAACCCUAGUAAACUAUCCAAGGGUUUUGCACUUUUGCUGCCACUGGUAACCUUAAUCUGCAUCUAUAUUGCCGGAUUUGCUUGGUCUUGGGACCUCUAG